UAUGGCUAUUGUACUACCUUCUAUUAAUCAUGAUAUAUUGUUAUCGAAACUGGAUAAUGAUGAGAAAAAGGAAACCUACUGCAAAAAUGUGGCAAAAGGCGAUCUUAGCCUUUCUAAUGUAGAAACGAAAUAUAACGCAUUGUAUUUGUGUUUGUUUAUGACCAAAUUAAGGCCUUGCGAAAAUGGAAAUCUAUUGGAAAGCGUAGGCAUGUUAGCAGCAGAUAAAUUGUCAGCAGACGAUUUAAUGGAAUGUCCAACGGUUUUAGUAGAAAGGGGAUACGGAACAUAUACUGAAUUUAUAAAAGAAGAGUUUGCCUCUCUUGACAGUUUGUUUUGCCUAAUGACCGACAAAGAUAUAAAUGAUGUUCUUAAUGACAAUAAGGCAAACUUCGCUGGAGCACUGAAAGAAGUUACAGAGAGCGUUAAUAGAGGCCUGGAGCUGUGUCGAAUUUCUAAUUGUGAAGUUGAUACUGUUAAUGCUCUCAAAAAUUGUGAAUCAAAAGUACUUAGUCGCAUGGCACAGGCACUUAGAUCUUUCGAUACAACGGUUGACAAUUCGAACAAAGGAGGCAGAAGAAAAUGCGUCACUGACGAUUGUUCCAAAUCUCUUUCAUGUAAAACUAUUCAAGCUCAGGGUCUUACAUCAUUAUCUAUUGACGACAUUGGUAAUCUAUGUAGAACAGAAUUUGAAAAUUACCUUGGAUCUUUUACAACAACUGACAAUCUACUGGAAGUAACUGUUGAUAAUCUUGCUAAAACAGCAAUAGAAUAUUAUGGCAACUCAUAA